AUGGCCACUCUAACGACCCUCAAGCUUACAAACCGCUCUCCGAAGCAACCCAUCAAGAAGCUCCCAGCUUCUGUCGAGCUCGGCCCCGACACCACCGUUGAGGAUGUCAAGAUCAUGAUUGCCAAGGCGGUUGGCAUCAGCGACCACAACCGAAUUGGCCUCUACGAUCCUUCCACCAAGAAGACCCUCAAGAACCGCAAGGCUCGCGUCGCCGAUGAGCCUGCUGUCGUUGCUGCUGGCGAGACCCUCGUCAAGGAUAUGGGUCCUCAGAUGGAUUGGAGAACCGUCUUCGUCGUCGAGUACAUUGGCCCCAUCCUCAUUCACACUGCUGCCGUUCUCGCCCGCCCCUACCUGUACAGCAACGCCGGUGCCAUGUCGUCGACACAGUGGCUUUCGUUCUACAUGAUCAUGCUUCACUUCCUCAAGCGCGAGUACGAGACCCUCUUCGUCCACAAGUUCUCGGCAAACACCAUGCCCAUCAAGAACAUCUUCAAGAACAGCUUCUUCUACUGGGUCGUCUCGGGCGGCCUCUGCGCCUACUGCCUCUACCACCCUCGCUCCCUCGCCGCCAGGGCCGACGUCCCCGCCAUGGAUAUCCUCGGCCUCGUCAUCUACCUCUUUGGCGAGCUGAGCAACGCCACCGUCCACCGAUACCUGGCUAGCCUGCGAUCCACUGGUGGCACUGAGCGCAAGAUCCCCGUCGGCCACGGUUUCGAGCUCGUGACCUGCCCCAACUACAUGUUUGAGAUCAUCGCGUGGCUUGGCAUGGUCGUCACCAGCCGAGACUGGAGCGUCGCCUUCUUCAUCGCCAUUGGCACCGCGCAGAUGUUCACCUGGGGCAAGGGCAAGGAGCGUGCGUACCGCAAGGAGUUCGGUGACAACUACAAGAAGAAGCGAUAUGUCAUCCUCCCUGGUCUUCUGUGA